UCUCUCUUUCCCCAAUCUCUCUCUCCACUUCCUUCUAUCUUCUUCACUAAUCACUUGAAUUCUUCGUGUUAGAUCGUACAUUCUUUUCAUUUCCUAUUAAAAAAUUUCAAACUUCACCUGAAAAACUUAAGUUUCUUUGGAAAUUUUCGAUUUUUAAUUGGAAUCCCAAUUCACAGUUUUUAGGGUUUCAGCCUUUUCUAUUUGGGGGGUUUGGGAUUUAGGGGUAUGAAUUAUCCGGUCUCUCCAUACAGAAGCUUAUACUCUGUGCGUCUUCACCGAGAAUGACGAGUCACGGUGGCGGCGGUGGAGUCCGUGGGGAGAAGAUUCACACGGUUCAGCCGGAGAGGGAUUUGGUGGCUAAUUGGGAAGUUGAUUUGUCGGAGAAGCUAGAAGAGUACCUUCUUAAAAUUUGUACCGGAGAAAUCACUGGAAAUGAAGACGAUGGGCAGAUUCCUGUGAAUUUCGCUGAAGCUGCUUUGCUGCUUCAGGGUUCGGUUCAGGUUUACAGCAAGAAAGUUGAAUACUUGUACAAUUUGGUUCUACGCACGUUGGAGUUUCUAUCGAAGCAAAGAGAGCAAGAACAGUCUAAAGAUACAUCAAAUGAGGCUGGGGAAAGCUCCUCACGUCAGGUUGAUGAAGAAGAAAAUGAUCUCUUCUGGAAUGUAGAUGACAUUCCAGUGGACACAAAGAAUAGCUUGGACAGCUCGGUUGGGAGAGAUUCCGUUCCAAGUCACUUUGUCAAGCCUCCGGCAAAUCUAGUUGUUAUUGAAGGUGACUGUUUGGAUACUAGUGGUGACGGUGGAGAAUUGGAAUCCUAUCUGUUGGCAACUACACAUCUCUACCGGGAUUUUAUUCUAUUAGACCCAUGUGAUGCUGUAGCGGUGAAUGAAUUUUUAGGUGAUAACAAUAAUGGUAAAGGAAAAAACAGUUCACACAGAGGCAGCUCAGUACGUAAAAGUAAUCACUUAUCUAUAGGACGUUCUGGAGGAAGUGCUCGUAAGUCAUCUGUUGGAAAGAAUCAGGGCACUAAUGUCAACACGUCCCCAAUAUGUGGGAAUGGUCCCAAUGUUCAAAAUUGUGAGCAAGAGUCGCAGCCUCCUGUUUUUGGAGAAAAUGAUCACGGUUUUGACAUGGAUAACGAAUAUGGAGGAACCAUGGAAUUUAGUGAUACAGAUGCUGAUGAAGAUGAUCCAUGGAAGCCAUUGAAUCCCUAUGAACCAGGGAAGUUGAAAGUGAAGCCUUUCAAGAAAGUUAAAAAUUUGAAAAAGAUUGGAUGGAGCCUUAACAAGGACCAUAUGACUGCCAUGUUUCCUCUCGCUAGACCCAACGGUCCCAUCAGUUCAGAGCUUAUUGGAAUCUGGAAGAUGCAAGGUUGUGCUAGUAAAAACGAGCAAGAAUCGCAAAACAUUCCCUAUUUCGAGAAGCUUCGAGAGAUGCUUGUGAAUGGAGGAAACCAACCUUGUGGUGCUAAUGGCAAUUACAAGGACAACGAUAAGGAUAACCAUGAUGAAGCCAAUAAUGGUGACUUCCAUGAUUUUGGGGAGCAUGAUGGUGAUGAUCCAGAACAUCCGUUCAUGGAUGAAGAUAUUCUCAAUAUGAAUGAUGGUGGAGCUGCUGAGUUUCAUAACUUCGAUGGAUUUGGAAAUGACGAAUCAAAUUGUCAAGAAAGCUUGGAAGAUCUUUGCCGCUCACACCUGGAUGCUCUUCUCGCUAACAUAGCUAAAAGUGAGAAGCAAACGGAUCUUGCUGCUCGGGUUUCAACGUGGAAACAGAAAAUUGAGCAAAACCUAGAAGAACAAGAGUUACACCCUCCUUUUGACAUUCAAGAAUAUGGAGAAAGGAUGAUUAACAGUCUGACUGUUGAAGAGAGUGGAGACGUUGAGACCUUUACCGAUCUCAUGAAAGGCCAAGAAAAGCACGAUGUAGCUCGGGCUUUCUCUGCGCUUCUCCAGUUGGUGAACAAUGGAGACGUUGAUCUGGAAAAACCUGGGAACUCCACAAACGAACCAAUGUGUUAUACAGCAGUAAAACCUUUCAGUGUUCGGUUGCUCAAGAAUCAUAACAGAGAGAAUGAGACAAAAGCGAUGCAUUUACCCCGGAAGCGAGCUAAGUCUCCAGUAACCAAAGGCAAAUCUCACGACUCACCACCACCAAAGAGGCUAAACACUUGUUCUGGUUCAAGCCAGACACGGAAAGUCUCACUAAAAAUCUCAAAGAUCAACACUGUCGGACCAAACAGUAAGAAAAGACGGAAGGGUCGAUCUGAAGCCGUCGCUGAGGUAACUGAAGUUUCUUCAGUUGAAAAGUCUCUGGGGAAAUAACAAGAUUGUGUAGUUAGGUGUGGGAUCUGAUCAGAUAGUUAUGAAACUUCUGUAACUGUCAUUUGUGUAAGUUAUAAUGAAGGCAUUGCCAGAAGUAGCAUAUGUUGUAAUCACGAUGAAACUACUACUUUAGAGGGUCUUUUAACAUAUUAGGGAGGGAUACAGUGCUUGUGGAAAAUUUUGAAGAAUUCGGAUGUUUAAGUA